CAUUUUGACGUGAAAAUAGUUAAACAAAUUAAUUUAUCAUUGGGGAAUAAAAUUAGAUUGACGACGGAAGGUCCGGAUGGAAAUUCACUCACAUACGUCGAUUUAAGUGGAAGCUUGUGUCUUUUUAGUUAAAAGCUUUUACUGCAUAGCUGAUAAAAUUACUUUAAUGUAAUUGGCUGAGAGCAGCUCAAUUUAUCAUGAUGUUUACGCUAUUCGUGACGUUUGACUGACUCUAUAAAUUGCACUCGCCUCUAGGCUCGUGUAAUUUUAAGAGAAUUUUCAAAUAGCACGUAGCGUAGCGUAAAUUCUUGGUUGCAUUCGCAUAAACACAGCACACUCCAAAUACAUGCCAAGAUCAUUCAGAUUGCAUAGCAGUAGUUGCCAUUCUCCUUGCCUCCCCGUUUUGUGAUCGGAAUUGGCAUCGUAUUCUUGGUAAGAAAAAACGCUAUUAUAAACAGUGUUGAACUGAAUUGUUCAGUUGUCAUCGAUGAGAUUGUAAAAGUGCACUUUCUAAGGUGUCUAAGUUACCUUUCCCGAAAGGAAAUUCACUUUCAGAUUUGCUAGGGGAAAAAUUUCACACAAGGGAAGUAAACAAGGGGGAUUAUUUGUACAAAUUGUGCGCUUUUUCAGGAAAUGCUGAAAGAGCUAAGUUCCGGAUAAAUAAUACUGACAAUUCAAACAAUUUCCUUACUUACUGUACCUGUGGAAAACGUGUCAAAAGUUCUAUCAGUAAGUCACGUCGACAAAAAUGUAUACAUUUGUUUUCUUUUCAUUCAAUGCUUUAUAGCAAUUUUAUGACAAUCUUUUACUUUGUGCACUUCACAGUGAAAUUUCUGUGUUAGACCAGCUUUAUGGAUGGUUUCUAUGUAAUUGCUGAAGUUAAUUGUUUUUCGUUGCCUAAUAGUGCUCCGGGCGCCCCAAAUGUCUCAGACUUAUCGUUUAUUCUGUUUAAAACUAAUGUCUUCUUGUCGAAGGCAAAUUAACCUGUUUCAUUCUACAAAUAAUAACCCUCAUGGGUUUGUGUUUGGAAUUUCUCAUCUAAUUUCAGCAACUGAUCCCGAUUAUAUGGUAACCAGUUUUAACAACAAAUUUUCAGGAUCUACGAUUGAACCGAGGCACUGUUUCGUGGUAAGGCGACCAUUUUGUACUUGCCUGCUCGAUUUUAUGCGGUUAGGUUAAUAUAGGAAACACGUAUAAUUAAGGAGAAAGGCGUAUUGAAUUACGCUUUUUUUAGCAGCGUAGCUUGUGUUGUUACCAACACAUUCACGUCUAGGAUGAAUUACCAUACAUAAUCAUGUCAAUUUAGCCACUGGUUAUUCCUUUAGGGCAGUCAUAUCGCUUUUUAAAUUUCACAUUUUAUAUGUCCGGCCUUUUAUUUUCACUUGCAUCACUAUAAUUCUCUAUAGUAUGUCAAGGCCUUCUCCUUAUAAAUUGUGUCCACCAAGGUAUUCGAAUUGCAUUAACCCCAGUGCUUGACAUUUUAUGGUCAACAGAGGUAAAAUUGCAUUCCAAAAACUGUCAAAUAAACUUCAAAUUUGUAUUUCUGCGCGUCAAAUUGAGAGGCGUAUGUGACUGAUAGCACGUCACUGUUAACAGCAUAUAGUGUGAGAUUCAUACAAGGAAAUGUCCAAAAGCUAAACCGCACAGCUCUGUAUGUACUAUGUCAGGUCAGUAACGUUCCUUUGUAUGGACUCGCUUCAAAUCACAAAACUGGCAAACGUGCCACACUAUUUUUCUAUACAGUCUCAUUUAUAAAUUCGAAUUGAAAUUUACGUUGUUUGCUUUUGGAAAAAAUUAGAAUUUCUGACAGCAGCUGUAUUUGUCUAGUUUUGGAAAGCAAAGUCGUUGACGCUAAAAUUAUCGGUUCCCUGAGUUCUAGAAAAGUAAAGCUCCUAACUGGAAGACAUAUUAAUAACAGGAAUCACGAGCCGAGUACGCAAGAAGGUAAAUCAUGCAGCUUGCAGUAAUCACCUUGAUGUUAGUUGUUGGCGAUAUCUUGAUGAUCUGUGGACGGUCACAAUCGAUUCACUAUCAAGACGAAGGAAAUCAGCUUUCCCUUCAUAUUAAUGGCGACAUAAUUCUCGGGGGUCUGUUUCCAGUUCAUCUCCGCAGUGACAAGACUGAAAACGCGUGCGGUGAAUUAGACCUUCUUCCAGGAUACCAAUAUCUCGCCUCAAUGCUGUUUUCUUUGGAAGAAAUCAACAAAGAUGACCAUAUUCUUCCAGGCAUUACACUCGGAGCUAAGAUUUACGACACUUGCCGAAGUCAAACGAUUGGUUCCGAUGGCGCGAGAGAAAUAAUAAAAUACACACUACGUGAGGACAAUGACACUGCACCGUUAUCAGGCGUCGUUGGACCGUUUCGAAGCGAUGUGUCGGUGGCUGUUGCUAAUUUGCUUCGCGUUUUUGAUAUUCCUCAGAUUAGUUACGGCUCGACAACCCCAGUCCUUAGCGAUAAAGAUCUGUAUGGCUACUUCUUGCGCACUGUUCCAUCUAACUCCUAUCAAGGGAAGGCAAUGGUGGAUGUUGUUCGUUAUUUCGGUUGGAGCUAUGUGAUGACUGUCUAUUCCCCGGGGCAAUAUGGAGAAAAAGGAAUGGAGAAGUUCUACGAAGAGGCAGAACGCGCGGGACUUUGUAUUGCAAACAAAAUUAAACUUCCUGCAUUUCCGACCGAAGAAGACUUCAUUAACACCAUUCAAGAACUUCUAGAAAUAAGGAAAAAAAAUUCGCGCGGUAAACUAGACGUUGUUGUGUUGUUUUGCAUUCAGCGAGAUAACACGGGUUUGGUCCAAGCAGCCAACAAAGUACUGAAAAGUGGUGAAAGACUUUCGUGGCUUGCAAGCAAUUCUUGGGGAGACAGAAAGCAAGUUACUGACGGAUCUGAAGAAGCAGGCGAAGGCGCACUUACAAUGAAUUACAUUGAAGGCCAAGUUGAUGCGUUUAAGAAGUACUUUUUAAACUUAAAACCCUCUAAAAAUAUCUCCGAUCCCUGGUUUGACGAAUUUUAUCAAGCAACUUUAAAAUGCAAGCUUUCAACUUCUUUAAGGUCACUUGAUUUUCCACGUGAAUGUUUAGCAAACGAGUCUCUCCCACAAGACCUUGAGAUCGGGCCUGUACGCGUGGUGAUCAAUGCGGUCUACGCCAUGGCGCAUGCGCUUAACAACAUGCAUAAAGCGCUGUGUCCAGGACAACAUUACCUCUGCACUGAAAUGAAGAAUCUAGAACGGGAAGAGUUUCUGAAAUUCUUAAAGAAAGUGUCUUUUCCAGAUGCGUCUCUUAACAUUAACGUGACUUUCAAUCAAAAUGGUGAUGUGGAUGGAAAUUAUAACGUUUUGAAUUUCAAAAAAGUCGAUGGAAAACACCGACAUGUUAUUAUUGGAAACUGGAGUGGUGAAUUGAACAAUGAUGGAAACAUCGAAGGGAAAAUACAAUUAGACACAGGCGAGAUUUCGUGGGGCGGAGGAAAAAUCCUCACUCCGGAGUCAUACUGCAGCAAGAACUGCCCAAUGAAACAAAUAACGAUACCAGAAAUUACCAACGCCCGCUGCUGUUGGCGAUGUGAUGGCUGCAGCUCUAACCAUGUCAUCGUAAACAAUACGUGUUCUUCGUGCGGGGAAGGAAAAGUGCCAGACACCAACCUCACAAAGUGCUUCAAGCUGCCUGUUGUUUACCCUUCUUGGACAGACACUCCUGCCCAAGUCCUAACAGCUCUUAUAGCGAUUGGUAUCACUGGCAGCAUUAGUGCAGCAACAUUCUUUGUUUUACGAAGAAAUCACCGCGUUGUGAAAGCGUCUGGACGAGAGCUAAGCAUUAUUUUAUUCGUUGGAGUGAUCUCGUGCUACACUGGCGCAUUGUUGCAUUUCCUCAAACCUGAAAAAACAGUGUGUGGCGCCAUGCGCUUCUUAGACAGCGUUUCCAUGACAGCGUGUUAUGCACCUGUGGUUCUGCGGACAAACCGCAUCUAUCGCAUUUUCAAGGCCGCUCAAAAGUCAGUUCGUAGACCUUCUAUGGUGAGCCCGCUGUCACAAAUGUUUGUGGCUCUGGGUAUUAUCGGUGUACAGUGUCUCAUAACUAUGAUUUGGGUAUUAUCAAAACCACCAAUGGCUGUGGAAUAUUACGGGUACGAAGAUCACGUGAUUCUCGAGUGUAGCACAGACGACUUUAGUGUAGCUAUUAACUUGUGUUUUAACGUAAUUUUAAUGUUUGUUGCAACAGUGUACGCAUUUCAAACCAGGAAUUUUCCCAGAAAUUUCAACGAAGCGAAAUAUAUCGGCAUUACAAUGUAUAUAUCAUGUUCUGUGUGGGUAAUAUUUCUACCUUGUUACUUAAAUGCUGCUGAUAGUGUUUGGAAAUCGUAUUUCUUAUGCAGCUCACUUUUUCUCAUUGGAACUGUAACACUCUUAGGACUUCUUGUACCCAAGAUUUUCCUUGUGUAUUUUGGCAAUGCAGUAGAUCCAACUGGAGACACCACGCUGACAGGAACUAUGGACAAUCAAAGAAGAAGUAAGCACAAGCUAGAUCAUACUGUGGCGUCUACAAAUUAAAUCUUUUAGAAUAACAGUAAAACUACUUCUCAAAUGUAUCAUGCACGCGAAAGAUUUAUCAAGAUAUUUUCGAAAUCUAAUUUCUAACCGGCGUCGAAGCACAGAGGACUAAAAUAAAAAACAAUUUAUUCAAUUUCGCAUCUCAACCUCGAUUUUGCUUCUUUUGUUUUAUUUAUUUAUUUUUUUUUUGUUAUUAUUUUUUAUUAUCAUUUGCAAUAACACAAGAGAAACAAUAUUUACAAUAUAAUUACAAACAGUACACUCUCUAGACUACUUACAGCACUAACUCUAUUUACAUUAUAUUACUCUGAUUAUUUACACUAUUUAAGGUUACUUCAAACCUUCGCGGGGCUAUAU